AUGCUGUCUCUGGCAAGAGCAGCUCUCUCGUCGCGUCCAGCAGCGCUGGGCGCGCGCCAGGUCGCUCGGUCGUCACAACAUUCGGCACUGUUUAUUCAUGCACAAUCCCGACCCAAGUUCAACUUGACUCAGAGUCAGGUCGCCUUCCGUCAUCUUUCCACCAGGACACCCCUCAGAAAUCAGACACGGAAAGUCCUCAAGACUUGCGGAACUGGUGCUAAAUGGACCGCUUACCUCGUGGGCUCCUCCGUUGUCGGCGUUCUCUUCUUCACAGGUUGUAUAUUCGUCCACGAUGCGUUCACAUACAACGAGAAACACAUCGAUCGUGUGCCUGUCUCUCCUCUCGCUUUACAUCCUGAACUCGGUGGCCCGAAGAACUUGCCUAUCGCAAGCGUGCUCGUAGGUGACGAAGAGGAUGAGGUGAACGCGAAGUUGAAGGAUCGGCCCCGGUUAGUUAUCGUUGGUGCUGGGUGGGGUGCUGUCGCCACACUACAGACAUUAACACCCGGAGAUUAUCACGUGACCCUCAUAUCGCCCGACACUUUCACUACGUUUACCCCUCUGCUUCCGUCUGCAGCAGUUGGUACCGUCUCCGUCCGGUCUCUCAUAGAAUCACUCCGCAAGAUUGUCGCCCGGCUCCAUGGUCAACUUAUACACGCUCGUGCAGUCGACCUCGUCAUGUCUGAACGCCUCCUGGAAGUAGAGUCUGAGAUGCCCGACGGUCAAAAGCGAAACUUCUACGUUCCAUACGACAAAUUGGUGAUUGCAGUCGGUUCUGUAUCGAGCACACACGGUGUACCAGGUCUGGAAAACUGCUUCCAGCUGAAAACUGUCGGUGACGCGCAGGCCAUCCGCCGCAGGGUUCUGGAUAACUUCGAGACAGCUUCGCUUCCGACUACGACACCCGAGGAACGCAAGAGGCUACUCAGCUUCGUCAUUUGUGGUGGUGGCCCCACAGGUGUUGAGACUGCUGCUGAAAUAUACGACCUCUGUCAGGAAGAUAUCAUGAACUACUAUCCUAAGCUCGUCCGCGAAGAAGUUUCGAUUCACGUCAUUCAGUCUAGAGAACAUAUCUUGAAUACCUACUCCGAAGCCAUCUCCAAAUACGCCGAAGACAAAUUCCAACGCGACGAGGUCAACUUAAUCACUUCCGCUCGCGUGGCGUCAGUACACCCGGACCAUGUAGAAUAUAGCGCAAAAGAUCCCGAAACAGGAGCAGUCGUCAAGCAUUCUAUACCCACUAAUUUCGUGCUUUGGAGUACGGGGAUCGCGAUGAAUCCGUUUACGGCUCGUGUCUCGAGUCUGCUCCCGAAUCAGGUGCACAAGAAGGCGAUAGAGGUGGAUGCUCAGUUGCGCGUGAAGGGUGCGCCACAGGGAGAUGUGUAUGCUAUCGGGGAUUGUGCUACUAUCGAGACUUCCAUUGUAUCACACUUACUCGACCUUGUGGACGAGGCCGACAAGAACAAGGACGGAAAGAUCGAUUUCGACGAGUGGGAAGUCAUGGUGAAACGAAUCAAGCAGAAGAUCCCCAUGGCAGAAAGCCAGUUAUCUGAAGUUCGAGAGCUGUUCAACCUGUACGACUCUGACGCGGACAAUAGCCUGAAUCUGAAUGAGCUUGCUGUCUUGCUUGAGAACCUCGGGAAUAAGAUCACUGCCUUGCCUGCUACCGCCCAAGUCGCCGCCCAACAAGGCAAAUACCUCGGCAAAAAGCUGCACGAACUCGCGACGCACCACUCCACCCUCCUCGCCAACGAGCUCCCGGACCAGCCCGACGAAGCCGUCGCCCGUCCGUUCGUGUACAAACAUCUCGGGAUGUUAGCAUACAUCGGGAAUGCCGCGGUUUUCGAUCUGGGGAACAUGAGUUUCAUGGGUGGAUUGGUGGCGAUGUAUGCGUGGAGGAGCGUUUAUUGGAAUGAGCAGGUUAGUUUGAGGACGAGGGCGUUGUUGAUGAUUGAUUGGAUUGUUAGAGGUGUUUGGGGGAGGGAUUUGUCCAGGUUGUAAGUACUUGACUUAGGCUGUUGGAUUUGACAAUAUUCGUGAAUUGUUGUGGACUACGACUACAUUACCUGGUCUUGGAACACUAGUCUAUUUGCGAUGACGAUGUGGAUAGAGAUUGUACCUUAUCUUUGAUGUUUUCCAUUUUUUAUUUCUCC